AUGUCCGACGUCCCUGCGAGGGACAGGGGAGCGAGGGAGCCCCGCCUCCACAUUCCUUCGGAGGGUGCGGGGCCACUCCCGGCGGAGGCGGAGACGCCGCUCCGCCCGCCGGUUUCCCUGCCUGCACCCGUGCCUCCUCCUCCUCCUGCCCAUUCGGAGCUGGGAGACACACCCGCCGCUGAGAGCCAGCCUGAAGCCACCUCGGCAGGGGCGAAGACGCCACCUGCGCCGGCUCCCGCGCCGGCCCCUGCCUCGGAGUUGUCAGCCACGCCUCCAGCACCGCCCGUCAUCGCUCCCGCGGCGGCGGCUGCGCCCCCUGCACCAGCGGCUGAUCCCUCCACAGCGGUCGGUUCCGCCGCGCCGGUGGCCCCAACCGCCGGUUCGGAGCCUGUUCCCGAUGCGAGCUGUGAUGAUAUAGAAGACCCCCUGCCUGCGGCGCCGGCCGAGGACCUCCCCGCGACGGCUCCGCCGCCGACAUCGGCUGUGAUGCGCGCCUCGCCGCCCGCACCGACCCCGCUGGUCCCGGCUGCCCCGCCGCCUCCCGCGGCUUUCGCCGGGUCGCCAGGCGCUGCCAACAGCAACAGCAGCGAGCAGCAGCAGCCUGGGGCCGCGUUGGAGCGGACCCCGCCGUCUCCAAUCAGCCCGGGGUCCCCUCCCAGCCUGUUCUCUGGUGCUGGCUCUCCUCGGCAGCUCCUUGCAGCUGCCGCGAAAGUGAAAGUUAUGAAGUUUAGUGCCUUUCUGGGGAACAGUGUUUUUCUUGGUCCAGUUCUUGCUUGGGUGGAGGAUUCUCGCCGGAGCUCGAGGCACCUCGCCCCUCCCGCUCACGUUUGGGGGGCGGGGGCGAUGAGUUCUGGGAAUGCUGCCGCUGGUCUUGUGCCCGGAGAGCGUGGGGGUGCUGCCGCCAGGGGUCUGAGCUGCGUGCCGGCCCAACCGUGCCGCAGAGUUAGAACAGCUUCAGAAGAAAAAUGCUGCUCAUGGAGUGCUGGCAUACAUUCAGGUCAACAAUUUGUCUAAGGCUGCUUAUCAUAUGGGAGAAUCAGUCAGAGGGAGCUGGCUGAGGAAUCAUCUUUCAGAGGAGCUGCUGAGGCAGUUUCAAGGUGGGAUAUCUGGAAACCCACAGAGCUCUGAUACUCAUGGUGUUGACUGGUGCCAAACAUUGAGAUGUUGCUGCUUCCAGGGCUUCUUCCAGGAGAGGCAGAGCUCGUUGCCUGCAAGAUGUUACAAACUUCCUUUGUUCCUGGGAAAUGCAUGAACAUGUUUGGGUUUUUUUCCCUUGAUCGUGCACCUUGCUUUCCUUGCAGCCUCUGGCAGCAAAGUUGGAGGACAGACAGACAGCUGAGUAGACCAAGUCCACUUGCUUUGUCAGGAAGUCACGUAAAAAAAGGUUUCUUUAGUACUGUGUUGAUCUUAGUGACCUCUACUGAGCUCCUGUCCUUUCCUGAGACAGAGAAUUAU